AUGAUCCACAGUCAGCCUCAGUUUUCCUCUCUUGGUAACAGGCUUGCACCCAAGAGGUGGCGAAGGCGAGAGAGGGAACCCGGCACACACCGCACGCUGGCUAGAGGGGGACUGAAAAUGGACCCGCUGUCGCCCUGGUGGCUUUUCCUGUCCUUUUCCGGCGCUCUCAAGAUCGCCUCUAUGGAACAGGAGGUGGCACCUUCCUGCCCACCUUUGUGCCACUGUGAGGAAGAUGGCAUCAUGCUCUCCGUGGACUGCUCCGAGCUGGCACUCUCCUCUGUCCCCGAUGGCCUGAGCCCUUUAACUGCUUACCUGGAUUUGAGCAUGAACAACAUCAGUGAGCUCAUGCCUGGUGAUUUCCAGCAUCUACGCUUUCUAGAAGAACUGCGUCUAUCUGGAAACCUACUCUCUGACAUCCCAGGAGAAGCAUUUUCUGGCCUCUACAAUUUAAAGAUUUUGAUGCUACAAAAUAAUCAGCUCAUUCAGAUCCCAGCAGAGGCUCUGCGUGACCUUCCAAACCUUCAGUCACUGCGCCUUGAUGCCAAUUUGAUCUCUGUGGUACCGGAUAAGAGUUUUGAGGGGCUACCCUCCUUACGUCACCUUUGGCUGGAUGAUAAUGCCCUGACAGAGAUCCCGGUCAAAGCACUCAAUAACCUACCAGCUCUACAGGCCAUGACUCUGGCACUCAACCAGAUCUGGCACAUUCCUGACUAUGCAUUUGAGAACCUCACCAGCCUUGUGGUUCUGCACCUGCAUAAUAACCAGAUCCAAAGUCUGGGAAUACAUAGCUUUGAAGGACUUCAUAGCCUUGAAACUCUGGACCUAAACUAUAAUGAGCUGGUGGAAUUCCCGGUGGCCAUUAGGACACUCGGACGACUUCAAGAGCUUGGCUUCCAUAACAACAACAUCAAGGCUAUUCCAGAAAAAGCAUUUGCAGGAAAUCCACUGCUUCAGAUUAUGACCUUGACACGAGCUGGGAUCCGUUUGCUUCCUGGAGAAAUGUGCCAGCAGUUGCCCAGCCUUCGCAUUCUUGAACUCUCCCACAAUCAAAUUAAGGAGUUGCCCAGUUUCCACUACUGCCAGAGGCUGGAAGAAAUUGGCCUUCAACACAACUGCAUCUACGAAAUUGGAGCAGACACAUUCAGGCAGCUUACAGCUUUACGCUCCAUAGAUUUGGGUUGGAAUUACAUACAGUCUAUCCACUCUGAGGCCUUUGUGACACUUCACUCUCUCACUAAGCUGGAUUUGACUGACAAUCAGCUGAUGACACUGCCGCUGGGUGGUUUGAGUGGACUGACUCAUUUGAAGCUGAAAGGCAACCCAGCACUGUCUGAAUCCUUCAGUAAAGAAAGCUUUCCCAAGAUGAGAGUGCUGGAGGUACCCUAUGCUUACCAGUGCUGUGCCUACGGAGCAUGUGGAAAUUUCUUCAAAGUAUCCAGUCAGUGGGACUCUGAGGAUAUAAGCCCUGAAGACGAUGAUGGUCACAAGAGGACCUUAGGACUGUUUCCAGGCCAUGUGGACAAUCACUAUGACCUGGACCUGGAUGACUUCCAGCUGGAACGUGAAGAUUCAAAACUGCACCCCAACAUCCAGUGCACACCCAGUCCUGGUCCUUUCAAGCCCUGUGACCACCUGUUUGAGAGCUGGGUCAUCCGACUGGGGGUCUGGCUGAUCACGCUGGUCUCCCUCCUAUGCAAUGGACUAGUCAUGGUGGUUGUCUUUGCCUCACCAGGCUAUAUCUCCCCCAUCAAGUUUGUCAUUGGCACCAUUGCCGGAGCCAACACGCUGACAGGCUUGUACUGCGCCAUUCUGGCUUUUGUGGAUGCACUCACCUUUGGGCAUUUUGCAAAAUAUGGUGCCAGGUGGGAGACAGGCACAGGGUGCCAAGUGACUGGAUUCCUCUCAGUAUUUGCUUCAGAGGCUUCCAUUCUUCUCCUAACCCUGGCUGCAGUGCAGUGCAGCCUUUCAGUGUCAUGCAUGCGGACGUAUGGGAAGGUGCCAUCCUUUGGUGCUGUUAAGUCAAGUGCCCUGGGUUGCUUAGCCCUUUCUUCAGUGGCCGCAAUGCUGCCCCUCUUCUCUGUUGGGGAGUAUGGGGCAUCCCCUCUCUGCUUACUCUACCCACUCCCUGAUGGGAAGCCUUCUAUGCUGGGUUUCAUGGUGGCCCUGGUGCUGGUGAACACCCUCUGCUUCCUCAUCAUCACUGGGACAUACAUUCGCCUCUAUUGCAACCUGCUAAAAGGCGAGUUUGACUCCAUCUGGGACUGUGCCAUGAUCAAACACAUUGCUUGGCUUAUUUUCACUAACUGCCUCCUCUACUGCCCAGUAGCUUUUCUGACUUUCUCUUCCAUGCUCAGCCUCUUCCUUAUCACACCUGAAGUCAUCAAGUCUAUGCUGUUGGUAGUGCUUCCUCUGCCAGCCUGCUUGAAUCCCCUGCUCUAUCUGCUCUUUAACCCUCAUUUCAGAGAUGACCUGCGGCUCCUGAGGCAGAAGAGAAAGACACAGGAGAGCUGUGCCCAGUCCUAUGUGUCAGAGGUCACAGAGAAGAGCUCGUAUGACUCUACCCAGGCCCUCGUUGCUUUUUCUGACAUGGAUCACAUCUUUGAGGCACCAGACAUCUAUGGAGUGCCUCCUAGGUGCUCAUCAGUCCUAGAUGCCUACAACAACUUCCCUUCAGUAACUCUCAUUCCACACCAGCGAAAGGCAGGUGCCAGAGGACAUGACAGUGUUUUUUCCACCCACCUCUCUUACCUGGCUGACGAUGAGCUGCUACUCACAUCAGAAAAUGGCGAUGCAGCCAAGAGCAGCCUUCGGAUUGCCUUGUUGCCCACACCAACUGCACCAGCUUUCACAUCUCACUUGUAAAGAGUGCUUCAGCCUCUCAGACCCAUUGCGAAUUCCCUCAGUGAAAAACCUGUGCAACAGCACAGCCUCUAGCUACCCAGAGCUUGGAGCAAAGGCUGUUCUGGGGCAAAGAGUCACCCAAUCUAUUGCUUCAUCUGGAAGCAAAGCUUGAUGGCCUGCAAGGUGCUGCCAACUCCAUGUAUUGCUUGCCGGAGCAUUGUUUC